CAGGAGGGCCUGGUUUUGGCUAAGUGGACUUCUCCCCUCCUUUUUCCCUCCAAAAACCCCCCAGGGUUUAGGUCUGCACCCCACUCUGGCCACUGGCCCAUCACCCUCUUCAAUGCCCUUGACCAAAAUUCCUGGAAGCAAAGGAAACAACAUGCCACACAGGGUCUGAGUGAGCAUCUCCGGGGCCACAAAUUAAAUUAAGUUCUCAGGGCUGCCUGCCUUGUUAUUGCUAAUGGCUCCAGCCUGUCCAACCUCCCCAUCCCUACCCAGGUCCCUGUCCUGCAGAAAUUUGGGGGUUCUGGGCACCCUCUCUUGUUCCCAAACUUUGAUUAGCACCUGGGGACCUCACCAAAAAUUAGAGCUGGGCACCCCUCUUACAGAGCACCCAAAAACCCAGGUGUAGGGAGAGAGGCCUGAGCUAUGCCCCCACCUUCAUGCCCUGGUUGAAGGCAGCAGUCACGUGUGGGGCCUUCAUUAGACCCUGACAUAUAAGCUGUGGGCUCAGGGUGGCCAGAAACUCUCCAGGCAAGGAUCCAGCAAGCAGAGGUCAUGCUGACUGCAGUGCUGCUGAGCUGGGCCCUGCUGCUGACACUUCCCCCUAUGCAGGAAGCUCAGAGGGGCUUGGCCCCUCUGGAAGGCAUCAGAAGGCCUGACCAGGCCCUGUUCCCAGAGCUGCCAGGCCUGGGCCAGCAGCCUCCACUGAAACGGACAAGCGCAGAACAGUCCAUAGAAGCUCUGCUACAGGAGGCUGAGGCCUUGACAGAGGUACUAGAUCCGGAGGGCCGCGAGCCACGCUCCCCGCGACGCUGUGUAAGGCUGCAGGAGUCCUGUCUGGGACACCAGGUAUCGUGUUGCGACCCAUGUGCCACAUGCUACUGCCGUUUCUUCAACGCCUUCUGCUAUUGCCGCAAGCUGGGUACUGCCACGAUCCCCUGCAGCCGUACCUAGUGGGCCGACGCGGGGUCGAGCUUGGACAGGGGUAGCGAAUAAAGGUUGGGACCAA